CCAUAAUUCUUUGGAUACAUAAUGGCGAUUCAACUGCUCCUUCUUACUCUUUUGCCUUAUCUGUCGUUAGCGUUUGUAUGUAAGCAAGACGGUUAUUUUAGAGAUCCUAACGAUUGUUCCAAGUAUUAUUGGUGCAUUAGCGGAGUUGCUAAUGAGUAUAAAUGUGGUGGAGAAUUAGUCUUUAACGAAAAGACAAAGCAAUGUGAUUGGCCUGCUAACGUUGACUGUGAAAGUACUGGCGGAGAUGGAAAUGGUGGUGAUACAGGCAAUCCGGAUCCUCCACCAGUCGUAAGCACUGGAGAUAAGAAAGUAGUAUGUUACUUCAUUAACUGGGCUUGGUAUAGAAAAGACAAGGGCAAAUAUCUUCCGGAAGAUGUAGAUCCGACAUUAUGCACCCAUCUUAAUUAUGCUUUCGCAGUAUUGGAUGCAAACACUCAUACCUUAAAACCGCAUGAUACUUGGGCAGAUAUUGAUAACAGUUUCUAUAAGAAAAUCGUAGAUUUGAAGAAGAAGAACCCUAAACUAAAGGUAGCAUUAGCUAUCGGAGGAUGGGGAGACAGUGCUGGAAACAAAUAUUCCGUCAUGGUUUCGGAUCCCGCGAAAAGAAAAAAGUUUAUCGAUCACAUUGUACCAUUUUUGAAACAAUAUGGUUUCGAUGGAUUAGAUUUAGAUUGGGAAUAUCCAAACUGCUGGCAAGGUGCAUGUGGAAGUGCACCACAAGAUGUAGACAAUUUCUCUGCUUGGAUUAAGGAAUUAAGAGCAGCUUUCAACAAAGAAAAUCCUCCAAUGCUCUUAACAGCUGCAGUAGUUGCUGCGAAAGAUAAAAUAGACCAGGCUUAUGAUGUUCCAGUUCUUGGACAAUAUUUAGAUCACAUAAAUGUAAUGACAUAUGACUUCCAUGGAGGUUAUGACAAAAGAACAGGACAUCAUGCACAAAUGUAUCCCCGAACCGGUGAUGUUAAUCCAGCUUAUAAUGUCGAAGUGGCUAUGAAACACUGGGCAAGCAAAGGAGCUCCCAAAGAAAAAUUAAUUUUGGGUGUGCCCUUUUAUGGCAGAAGUUUUACAUUAUCCAAUCCUUCUGCUAACGGCCUAAAUGAACCUGCUACUGGAAAUGGCAAUGCCGGCGAAUUUACAAAUGAAGGAGGAUUUAUGGCUUUUUAUGAGAUCUGUGAAAGAGUAAAAUCGCGUGGAUGGACCAAGGUUCGAGACGACAAAGCAGGCCCGUAUGCUUAUCAAGGUAACCAAUGGGUAGGAUAUGAUGAUGUUGAGGCUAUUGCUCAGAAAGCUAAAUAUGCUAAAGAUAAUGGAUAUGGAGGAAUUAUCAUCUGGGAUAUCAGUAUGGAUGAUUUCAGCGCAUCAUGCUGUUCUGUAAAGAAUCCUCUUCUGAGAGCUAUUCAGUAUGGGCUCACUGGGCAAGGUACAUCACCUAGUGCUAUGGGCUGCGAAUAAUACUUUUUUUCACGUACUAAUAUAAAUCGUGAAUAAAAUCUAACUUUUGGAAUAAAAUA